AAUCCACUCAAUUGACUAUUACACUACUCAUGCCCAAGAGGCAUGUUUGCCCAUUGAUAAAAUCGUCUUCUCCCUAACACUAUGAGCAUUAUCAUGUGGAGUGUCACAAAUAAGCUCAUAUCUCGCUCUUUUUCUUCUGUAUUUGUAAUCACAAGUUUCAGGCCCGCAGCGGAAUUCUCUCUUGUUCAGCUGAAAGCGUGCAUGAAGAAUGCGAAAGCCCAGUUCUCUCCUGGCAUGACUUUGACAUUCCCAAUAUCUCUCUCCGGGGAUGAGAUGACAACUUUUCGCGGCAGUCUUCUUCCUGGUCUCGUGGCGCGAUGAAGGUGGUAGUGAUUGGAGCGGGAACGGGUGGCCUGUGCGCGGCCAAGAACAGCCUCCAGGCCGGCCUGGAGGUGACGGUGUUCGAGCAAACGGGCGAAAUCGGCGGCACUUGGGUCUUCCGCGACGAAGUGGGCAAGGAUGAGUUCGGCCUGGACAUCCACUCGUCCAUGUAUCGUGGCCUCAAGACGAAUCUGCCCAAGGAAAUCAUGGGAUUCCCGGACUUUCACAUGACUGGCGGCGAGCAGUCUUUCGUCACAGCCAAGGAAGUCCUCGAUUGGCAUCACGAGUACGCUGAUCACUUCGACUUGAGGAAAUGGAUCAAAUUCUAUCACAACGUCGUUCGCGUGAAGCCCCACGGAGAGUCCCAGUGGGAAGUCCUGGUGAAGGAUCUCAAGCAAAAUUCCUACUCCACGACCAUCUUCGACGCAGUGUUCAUCUGCAAUGGCCACUACAGCGCCCCAUCCACGCCCAACUUCCCCGGCCGGAAGCUCUUCCGUGGCCGCCAGAUGCACAGCCACGACUAUCGCUCGGCGGACGUGUUCCGCGGCGAGCGCGUGCUCGUGAUCGGCGCCGGUCCGAGUGGCAUGGACAUCACCAACGACGCCGGCACGGUGGCCGAGAUCGUGGUGCAGUGUCAUCACUGGCAGGAGCCGCCCAACGUCCCGUUCCCCAGCAAUGUCACACAGAAGAUCGCCGACGUGGUGCGCCUCACCGAGGACGGCGCCGUCUUCAGUGACGGCUCAACGGAAUCCUUCACACUGAUCGUCUACUGCACUGGCUACAAGUUCACAUUCCCAUUCCUGAGCGUGGACUGUGGCAUUCACGUGCAGCAGAACUACAUUUCGCCACUGUAUCAGCACUGCCUCAACAUCAAUCGCCCCACGAUGGCCUUCAUCGGGAUCUGCAACUAUGUCAUUCCGCAGCGAAUGAUGGACUUGCAGAUCCGCUUCUUCCUCAAGUUCCUCACAGGCGGCAAGGAAUUGCCGUCGCGCGCGGAAAUGCUGGCCAGUGAGAAGUACGAAAUCACGCGACGCCUCGAGCAGGGCAUCAGCCUGAGGAAGGCCCACUUCAUGGGUCCAGAUCAAGGAAAGUACUUCGAGACCCUGGCCAAGAUCGCUGACAUCACACCCAUUCCGCCUGUCUUUGCCACUGUUCACACGGCAGUUUGCGCUCUGAUCCGCAGCGAUAUCAGAAACUUCCGCCGCCACAACUAUCGCAUCAUCGAUGAUCACUCCUUCGAGCGAUUGACGUGAUGUCCUUCGAAAACACACACACACAGACAGACAGGUUUGGCUAAUCUACAAACAUUUAUAUGCACAUCUUCUUUAGAACAAUAUUUUUGCCAUUAAAGUCACAGAAAAAUAUAUUUUUUAAACUUUCUUUCCUCUCAAUAACAAUGGGUUUCACUGUGUUAACUCGUUAUCUUUUAUAUAUUACCAUAAUAUAUUCCUCUUUUUUUAUUCCACACUAUUUGUUCAAGGAAAAUUUCUAACACUACACACGAUUAGUUUGAAGUGUUCUUCUUCUACACUUUGUCAUCUUCUAAUGCCUUUUAUUUUUGUCUCUUAUCAAUAAAACUACUUUCAAUUAUUACGUUCUGUCUUUAGCACCAAACAAAGG